CCACCAGCAUUGGGCAGUUGGUCCCAAUGCGGCUUGAUUGAUCUUUCGCCUUCAACUGUCUCUGUCCUUGGCCUUGUUCUGGAACGACACACAUCUUUCUGUUCUGGCAAAGCCCAACCAUGAUGAAGUCAGCUAUCCUCGCCUCUCUUAUUGCCGCUGCGGCCGCCUUUGCUCCGUCCAAGAGCUCCGUCUCCACCACUAGCACCCAACUGGCUGGCGUGGAUUUCUCGAAGGAAGUUGGUGUCCAAGCACCUCUUGGAUUCUUUGAUCCUUUGGGUCUUUUGUUCGAUGCGGACCAAGCAAAGUUUGACCGUCUUCGUCUUGUGGAAGUCAAGCACGGCCGCAUUGCCAUGCUUGCCGUCGUAGGAUACCUUACCACCGAUGCUGGAAUUCGUUUCCCUGGCGCUGAAGGCAUCCCCGGUGGAUUCGCAGCCCUCGAGUCCGGAGCCAUCCCCGAGUUGGUCUGGGCACAAUUCGUUGCUACUGUUGCUUUGAUGGAAAUGGUCAACCAAGAUGCUGGAAUUGCCGCAAAAGGAGAGCCCAUGGGUGAAUUCCCCGGUGACUUCCGCAAUGGCGCCCUGGACUUUGGAUGGGACAAGCAAUCCGAUGCAUGGAAGAGAAACAAGAGGACCAUCGAGCUCAACAAUGGACGUGCCGCUCAAAUGGGAAUCCUUGGAAUCAUGGUCCACGAACAACUCGGAAACAUCCCUGAAGUCCUUCCCGGUCAUUAGACGAACUCAGCGAUCGAUCGAGCCGCACCGCACAUAGCGAGACAGCUUUCGAUAGACUAGCUUGUAGAGAACCCCCUUAUAGUUUUUAAGUUUGCAUUUGGCC